AUGCCAACGCAUUGGGAUUGGGACUGGGAUUGGCCACAUGAUCACUUUUGGCAUUGGCCCUCCACGCGUCCCUGGCCCAUCGAUAGUUUCAGCUAUCAUGCCAGGUGUCCGACAUCGCGUCGCUGGAAAUCGACCUUUGGCCAUCACGACAUCGAUGUAGAUGUGUGUGCGCGCGAUUGGCACAUACAUCAUUGGAGCGACGACGGACCUUGGUGUCAUCGUUCGUGCUUGGCCAGUCGUGUGACCAUCGAAAGGGGCGAUGAGCCGGACAGCUUGGGCAAGGGCACCUUCAAGGUUGUUAUCGAUGUGCAUCACUUCCGCGACGAUGAGCUCGUGUUGAAGGUGCGCAACAAUGACACCAUUGUAUUGACGGGCAAACAGAAGGACGAUCGCGGUGAGAAGAGCACGUUCUGCAUUACGCGCGAAUUUACGCGAAAAUACAAGCUUCCGAGAAAUUAUGAUGCCACGCUGGCCAAAGCUACUCGUUCCACCGAUGGUAUAUUGACAAUUAUAGUGCCCGCGCCACCGCCACUGGACGAUGUAGAGCGGGUGGUGGAUAUUGAGCCAACGGGCGCAUACUUUGGCACGACCAGCAAUGAUGCAGACAAAAAUGCGAAAGCUAUUGAGAAUGGGGCGGACAAUGAGGAGGAGGAGGAGGCAGGCGAUGAGCCGAAGGCAGGUGAAAGGGAGAAUUCGAAGAAAGCGCGUUUCGACUCAACGGGAGAUUCAAAAUGAAAUUCAAUGCAGGCGGCUGUUUUCACAAGAUG